GGCGUAGCUCAUCCGUACGGUCGUGUGUCGCGGACGCUUGUUAAGCACUUCAUUUAACGUGCUAUGUGUACAUAACAUACAUGUAUGUGUGUAUAUGGAUGUGAGAAUCAACUUUGAUUUGAAUUACAACAAAAGUGUACUGGAUACCAUGUGAACAACAAUAGCUAAUGUCUAAUAUGAAUUUAAAAAAAUAUGCCGGAGCUUUAAAAAGAAAAAAAGUUAUAUCACUUCUAUGGAUUUCCCUGCUAAGCUGCUGUUCUUGCCUGAUUCAGUGUUCAUUGGCAACAUCGGACACUGGAGCUAAAACAACGCAUUCUCAACAAAAGUUACCUUUGGAUACCAAGGCCGAUUUUCGCCAUCAGUUAUACAAUGUGACAAUACCAGAAAAUAGUCUGGGCAAAACAUAUGCGAAAGGAGUAUUGCAUGAGGAUCUGGCCGGAAUUUUAGUGGACUCGAAUUAUGAGAUAAGAUAUCGAAUAAUAAAUGGCGAUAAGGAUAAGCUAUUUAAGGCUGAAGAGAGACUGGUCGGAAAUUUUGCCUUUCUGUGCAUUCGAACUCGAACAAGUAAUAUCGUUCUAAACCGAGAGAAAACUGAUGAAUACACUCUUAAGGUUCGAGCACAUGUGACGCACUCGCGUAGUAAAAACGAAAGCAUUAAUUAUGAAACGGAAACAACUGUUCAUAUACAAGUAUUAGAUCGAAAUGACUUAAGUCCUCUCUUCUAUCCAACUGAAUAUGCGGUAACUGUUCCUGAGGACACUCAAAAACAUCACAGUAUUCUGAAAGUUAUUGCGGACGAUGCUGAUUUAGGAGUAAAUGGUGAAAUUUAUUAUAGUUUUUUAAUCGACAGUGAAUAUUUCGCUAUUCACCCCACUACCGGCGAUAUCUCAAUAUUGAAUCCCCUGAAUUACGCCGAGAAUUCGUAUCAUGAACUUAUUGUUUUGGCAAAUGACAGGGGCUCUGCGAUUCAGCAACAAAGCCACCAGUCGAGCAAAGCGAGAGUUUCAAUAACAGUCAAACAGGUUAAUUUAAAUGCGCCUGAAAUAAAUGCCAAGACUUUUUCGAGUGUCGUACCCAAUUCAGACUCGCUCAUUUACGGAAUCGUUAAAGUAAAUGACAAAGAUAUUGGAAAGAAUGGCGUGAUAAGAAAACUGGAAAUUGUCGAUGGGAAUCCAGAUGGCAUGUUUCAGUUACUUCCAACUGAAAUGAAAGACGAGUAUUAUAUUGAACUGAACAAAUUUGCAAAGCUAUUUAAACAACACUAUACUUAUAAUCUUACACUGCGAGCUGAAGACUUUGGCACACCAUCCAGACAUACUUUCAAAACCAUUGCCAUACAAAUACUUCCAGAAAUCAAAAAUGUACCGAUUUUCACACAAGAAAUUUACGAUGUUUCCAUACCGGAAACGUCGCCGAUUAACAUGCCAGUAAUUAGACUGAAGGUUAGCGAUCCUGAUUUAGGCAAAUACGCAUUGGUUUAUUUGGAAAUUGUUGGUGGCAAUGAAGGUGGCGAAUUUCGGAUUAAUCCUGAUUCUGGAAUGCUGUAUACGCAAAAGAGACUUGAUGCUGAAACAAAAUCUAUUUACACACUCACUGUAUCUGCCAUUGAUCAGGCUGACGUUGGUUCGCGGAAGCAAUCGUCGGCCAAAGUCAAGAUUACAAUCGAGGAUAUGAAUGACAAUGAUCCAAUAUUUGAGCAUACAAAUAAAAAUAUAAGCAUAAAUGAGAAUGAAUUAGCCGGAUUGUUUGUAACGAAACUGACAGCUAAAGAUCGAGAUUCCGGCGAAAAUGCUUACAUAUCGUAUAGUAUAGCAAACCUGAAUGAAGUUCCAUUUGAAAUUGAUCACUUCUCGGGAGUGGUGAAAACAACUAACCUGAUCGAUUAUGAAACAAUGCGAAGGACUUACACGCUGCUUAUACGCGCAUCAGACUGGGGAUUACCGUAUAGAAGACAAACAGAAAUUGCAUUAGAUAUUACGGUUAAAAACAUUAAUGAUAAUAGACCACAAUUUGAGCGUAUUAAUUGUUAUGGAAAAGUUACGAAAUUAGCACCAAUUGGAUCUGAAAUUUUUACUUUAUCCGCUGUUGAUCUUGAUGUGGGAGAUAUUAUAUCCUAUCGCUUAAUAUCUGGAAAUGAGGAUGGUUGCUUUAACUUGGACUCAAUGACGGGAAGUAUGUCGAUUGGUUGCAAUCUAAUGGAUGUUGCCGUCAAUGAUCGUGUUGUUAAAGUAACUGCUACCGAUGGAACUCACUUCUCCGAUGAGAUGAGCAUGGAUAUUCAUCUUGUUCUCGAAUAUUCAAAGGAACACUCGAGUAUGGGAUAUGGUACAUUCGAGUGUCGUGAGACUGGAGUAGCCAGAAGACUUGCUGAAACAUUAGCCCUAGCUGAGAAGAAUAACAUGAAGAAUGAUUCUCUGUCAGAAGUGAAUGACUUGGGAUUGACGCCUAGUAGAUAUGGUCAAAAUAUACAUAGGCCUGAAUUCAUUAAUUUCCCCCAAGAACUUACUCUAAACGAAAGCAUUCAGCUGGGAACAACAGUUGCGCUGAUUAAAGCUCGAGAUAGAGAUUUGGGCUACAAUGGUAAAUUGGUUUUUGCUAUUGCCGAUGGGGAUUACGAUUCAGUCUUCCGCAUAGAUCCAGACAGCGGAGAAUUGCAGAUUAUUGGCUACUUAGAUAGAGAACGUUUAAGCGAGUAUAUCUUGAAUAUAACUGUCUAUGAUCUCGGCCAACCGACAAAGAUGGAUUCCAAAAUGCUUCCCAUUACUAUAACAGAUGCUAACGAUAAUCCUCCUGUUUUGCAAAAGCCUUUAGCCACCCUUCGACUGAAAGAAAAUGGCUUAAAUGGCAGUACUAUCUAUUGUGUUCAUGCUACAGAUGCAGAUUUAGGAAUCAAUGCAGAAAUCACUUAUAGCUUAUCUGUUGACUAUAACGAAUUUACUAUUAAUAAAACUACUGGAUGUAUAAUACUGAGUAAGCCCUUAGACCGAGAGCAGCAAGAUAAAUACGAGCUGCAUGUUAUUGUGAAAGAUGGUGGAGUUCCUGUUUUAUCAGCCGAAGCAGUUAUCUAUAUUUUCGUCGACGAUGUUAACGACAAUGUGCCAAUAUUUGGAGUGCAAGAGUAUAUAUUCAAAGUUCGCGAAGACGUGCCUCGCGGCACUGUAGUUGCUGUCAUCGAGGCCAUAGACAAGGAUAUUGGACAAAAUGCAGAAAUCCUAUUUUCGCUUCAAGAGGAUAAUCAGGAGAAGAACUUGUUUAAAAUCGAUAAGCAUUCUGGCGCAAUACGCACUGAAAGAUAUUUGAAUUAUGAAAACCUUCAAGUUCAUAACCUGUUAAUUAGCGCCAUCGACUGUGGAGAUCCAUCAUUAACAUCUGAUAUGUCCAUUGUCAUUGAAAUUAUUGAUGUAAACGAGAAUCGAUAUGCUCCUGAGUUCGAUGACUUUAUUUUUGAGGGAUCAAUAAGAGAGAACAUGCCCAAAGGCACUUUCGUUAUGAAUGUCACCGCCCGGGAUCUGGAUGGAAUCGAUCUUAAUGCUAAAAUAUCGUACUCAAUCACUGGGGGCGAGGGUCUCGGCAUCUUUUCCGUUAAUGAUAGAGGCGAAAUUCACACUUUAACUCAACUUGAUGCGGAGACAAAAGAUUCUUAUUGGCUAACAUUAUGCGCUCAAGAUAAUGCUAUAGUCCCACUAAGUAAUUGUGUCAAGGUUUAUAUUGAAGUCGAAAACGAAAAUGACAAUAUUCCAUUAACGACCAAGCCUGUUUAUUAUGUUAACGUAACAGAGGGUAGUCCAGGAAAACAUGAAAUUAUUCAACUGAAAGCCAUCGACCCCGAUAGGGAUACAUCCCAAAAGAUUACGUAUAAUAUAAUAUCUGGCAAUCUUGUUGGUUAUUUCGAAAUGGAUCCACAUACGGGAACACUGAGGACAACGGAGAGAAGGUUGGACAGAGAAAAUCAAGCAGAACAUAUUUUGGAGGUCUCUAUAUCAGACAACGGAUCUCCAUCAUUGACGUCCACUACUCGUGUUGUGGUCUCAGUCCUAGAUAUUAACGAUAAUAGCCCAGUGUUCGAUCAACGUGUCUAUAAAAUUCAAGUACCUUCAACACUAAGAGUUAACGAAUCCAUAUUCCAGGUUCAUGCCAUAGACAAUGAUGAAGGAGAAAAUGCUCGAGUAACAUAUUCUAUCAAGUCUGGCAAGAAAAAGAACAAAUUCCGAAUCGAUGGCUUAAGUGGGCAUAUUUUUAUUACAAAGCCAUUAGAAGCCGACGCUGAAUUUGAGUUUAAUGUGAAAGCCGAAGACAACGGAACUCCUAAAAAGAGUCAAACGACAGUUGUUAACAUUCUGGUUAUACCUAUUGCUGCCAAUUCUCCAAAUGCUCCAAAAAUACUGCCGAAAUCGGUGAAUAGCAUAGUAGAUUUGACGGAGAACGAUAAACCUGGUUUCUUGGUGACUCAAAUUCUGGCAGUCGACGAGGAUAACGACCAAUUGUGGUUUAAUAUUAGUCGAGGAAACGAAGGCAAUCAUUUCUAUAUUGGAAGAGACACUGGAAAUGUUCUGCUGUCAAAGUACUUGGACUAUGAGACCCAAACAAGUUACAACCUAUCAAUAACCGUGACCGAUGGCUCGAAUAUAGUGCACACUAACCUAUUUGUGAAAGUUGUUGAUACUAAUGACAAUGUGCCACAAUUUACGAAGGAAGUAUAUCACGUAAAUAUAUCUGAGAAUAUCGAAGAAGAAUCAGUUAUUAUGCAACUCCAUGCCACUGACAAAGAUGAAGAUAAAAAGCUCUUUUAUCAUCUUCAUGCUACACAAGAUCCAUCAUCUUUAACAUUGUUUCGGAUUGAUUCAAUAAGUGGCAAUGUUAUAGUCAUACAGAAACUGGAUUUUGAAAAAACAUCGCAACAUAUACUAAUUGCAUUUGUAAAAGAUCAAGGAACUCCACAAAAAAGGAACUAUGCAAAAAUAAUAGUUAAUGUACAUGACCACAAUGAUCAUUAUCCUGAAUUCACUACCAAAAUAAUUCAAAGCAAAGUUCCCGAAAGUGCUGCAGUAGGUUCCAAGCUUGUUCAAGUAACAGCCAUCGAUCGAGACAGCGGACAAAAUGCUGAGUUACGAUACUCGAUUAUCAGCGGUAAUGUUGGUAGUACAUUCGACAUUGAUCCAAUAUUUGGAAUUAUAUCGUUGACUGACACGUUGGAUAUCAAUAAAAUGCAAGAGUAUAUGCUGCAAAUUAAAGCUACAGAUUUGGGAAAGCCCCCACUGUCAUCUCAAGUGCCUGUCCAUAUCAUAAUCACAAUGUCAGAUAAUGAUCCACCAAAGUUCUUUGCUAACUUAGUUUCUUUGGAAAUAUUUGAGAAUUUGAGUAUUGGAUCAUUUGUUACGCAAGUGGAAGCGAGAUCAUCAUCAUCAGUUUUCUUUGACAUCAUCGAUGGCAACGACAAAGAAAGCUUUCGGAUCAAUCCUUCCACGGGAGUCAUUGUCAUCAACAACAAUGUGGACUACGAAGUGAACAAGCUAUUUAACCUCACAAUUAAGGGAACUAACAUGGCCUCUGCAUCGUCGAGUCAAAACAUAAUAGUGCAUGUUUUGGAUGUGAAUGAUAAUAUACCAAAGUUUCUUGAAACUGAAUACAUUGGCACUGUUUCGGAAUCUACCAGCAUAGGUUCAUAUGUACACAUGACUGACGAAAACAAAAAACGUCAUCUGGCUUUAAGUGUGUAUGAUCCAGACGUAGGAUUCAAUGGAAUGUUGGAAUAUAAAAUUAUGGAUGACUUGGCAAGCAGUCUCUUCAAAAUAGAUUCGACAACUGGGGCUAUUAAAAUUUUGCGGGGCUUAGAUUAUGAAACUAAUACAAACUAUUCGUUUUCUGUAUCGGUCAGUGACAUGGGCAAACCAAGGCUACAUUCGAAUACAAAAGCUCAUGUAGUAAUACUAGUGACUAAUGUUAACGACUGUCCACCCGUAUUUAAGGAUAGAGAUCACAACGUUACACUGUUUCUGCCAACAUUUGAAAAUGUUUUCGUUACAAAAGUUGCUGCCGUUGAUGCCGACUAUGACAUAGUUCGUUAUGAUAUUGUAGAUGGCAACAACCAAGAAUGCUUUCAGGUUCAUCCCCUAACAGGAGUAAUAACAACAAGAAGAGUGGAAUUCAAUUACAAUGAAUAUGUUUUACAUGUUCGUGCAUCAGAUGGAUUGUAUUCUACUAUUCUCCUUGUGAACAUCAAAAUAUUACCAAUAGUUAAUUCGAAUUUCAUAUUCCAAAAGAAGAUUUAUGAGUUUUCGGCAUUUGAAAAUACCACAAAAGUGGUGACAAUUGGAUUGACCAAUGUUAUUGGAAAUACGCUUAAUGAAAAUGUCGAAUACAGAAUACUUAAUCCAACUGAUAUGUUUGAAAUUGGAAUAACUUCUGGAGCUAUUAAAACUACUGGGCAGAUAUUCGAUCGUGAACAACAGGAUAUGUAUAAACUGUUUAUUGAAGCAAGGUCAUCAACAUUCAGUAUAGAUGACACCAGUGUUCGACGAGCAACAACAUCAGUUUAUAUAUCAGUAUUGGAUAUAAAUGACAAUUGUCCCAUAUUUGUAAAUAUGCCGUAUUAUGCUUCAGUGUCUGUUGGACAUACGAAAGGGUCAGUUAUUAUGCAGGUGAAAGCAAUCGAUUUGGACAGUGCAGAAAACGGUGAAGUGCGCUACGAAUUAAGAAAAGGAAAUGGUGAACUUUUCAAAGUCGAUAGAAAGACUGGCGAGUUGUCAAUUAAGCAAAGUAUUGAGGGCCAUAAUCGAAAAUACGAAUUAACAGUUGCAGCUUAUGAUGGUGCUGUAAUUUCAUGCAGCACAGAAGUUCCCGUUCAAAUAAAGGUCAUCGAUCGAUCAAUGCCGGUGUUUGAAAAACAAUUCUAUUCAGUCAGCGUGAAGGAAGACGUUGAAAUGUAUUCCGCAUUGUUUGUAUCUAUACAAGCCGAUAGUCCACUGAAAAGAAAACUUAUUUACACAACAUCAUCUGAGGAUAUUAAUCAAUAUUUUGAAAUUGAUUAUAGAACAGGUUCCUUAUAUGUGGUUAAUGAGCUGGAUUACGAGCAAAAUCAAACGCAUGAGAUUUUAGUACGAGCAACGGAUAGCAUUUCAGGAAUUUUCGCAGAUGUUUUGUUGUCAAUAACUGUAAUCGAUGUUAAUGACUGUUAUCCUGAAAUCGAAAAGGAUAACUACAAUAUAACGAUGCCGGAAAAUAUACCUUUUGGGUCACAAGUAUUGCAAAUCAACGCAACUGAUAAGGACUCUGGGGCAAAUGGAAAAUUAUCGUAUUUUAUUGAAUCGAUUAACGGACGCAAUGAUUCGGAUACGUUUUACAUUGACGUUGCCGAUGGAAUAUUGUAUUUAAAAACACCUUUAGAUUAUGAGCUGGAAAAGUCCCAUCAUGUUGUUGUACACGUUAAAGACCACGGCUCGCCAUCAUUAACCUCGAAAUGCAAUGUAUUUAUUACAGUUAAAGACCUGAACGACAAUUCACCAAAAUUCAUCGAGCCGUCAUUCAAUACAAAGUUAUCUGUGGCAGCGGCUCGCGGUCAGUUUGUUGCAUUACCAAGAGCAUAUGACGUUGACCUAUCCGACAUCGACUUCUUACAAUAUAAAAUUGUAGAUGGAAACGAAUUGCAAACGUAUUCUAUUGACAAGCAAAGUGGAGUUAUUUCUCUACAGAAUAUGUUGAACUUUACCGAUAAGCUAAAUACUAUUUUAAAUAUAUCAGUUUCUGAUGGCAUUCACACUAGUUUUGCCCGACUCAAAAUCACAUUGGUACCAGAAAAUUUCCAUAGUCCACAGUUUGAGCAGAUGGUGUAUAAAGCAGCAGUAUCGGAGAAUAUGGCAAAGGGACAGGAUAUUAUUACCGUAAAGGCAAUCGACAAUGAUUUCGGACAGUAUUCGAGAAUUUACUACGAAAUUGCAUCGGAAGAUAUGAAACAGUACUUUGAUAUCGAUCGGAAUACUGGCACUAUCACAUCUAAAAUAACAUUUGAUCGCGAAUUAAAGGAUGAGUACGUACUUCACUUAAAGGCAAUUGAUGGGGGAAGUAAAUUUGGCUUUGCAACUCUAAGAGUAACCAUUGAAGACAUCAACGACAACAUUCCACAAUUCUUUGUAAAAGAAUAUAAACUUGUUAUAAGUUCUUCGAAUAAGCUUGACGAAACCUUAUUGACUGUGACAGCAGUUGAUAAAGAUAUCAAUGCAAAUGGCGAUAUAAAAUAUACCAUUAUACCAGACUCCAUGAAAACCGAACUGGAGAACAAAAUAUAUUUAAAUGAAACAAGUGGCGACAUCGUUCUUAAAAGUGUUCCAGUUAAUUCCGAAAAAGCCGUUUUCCAAUUUUUUGUUCGUGCUUCUGACUCAGGAAAGCCGCCAUUACACAACGAUGUACCAGUAUCUUUCGAAAUAGUGGAUUCCGAUGUGAUAAUUCCAACUUUUGAAAAAAGUCAUAUAAGUCUUAAAAUAAUUGAAUCCACAUCGCCGGGAACUGUAUUGACAAAAUUACAUGUGAAUGGAAAUUAUUCGAUAAAGUUCUCAACAUCGGAGGAAACUUCAAUUUUCGCCGUAUCUGAGAAUGGAGAAUUAAUUUUAAUGCAAACUUUAGACCGAGAGCAAAACGAUUCACAUUAUUUAGUAAUUGUGGCGGAAACAGCAACAUUACCAGUAUUAUUCGCAUAUGCUGAUGUAUUCAUUCAUGUCACCGAUGAGAACGACAAUUAUCCGAAAUUCGACAAUACAAUUUAUAGUGCUGAUAUCGCAGAAAAUACAGAUAAAGUCGUAUCUAUAAUUAAAAUUACUGCCACUGAUGCUGAUACUGGUUCAAACGGAGAUGUGCGAUAUUACUUUGAUGAUGAAUCAAAUAGUGUGAGAAAUAUAUUCGACAUCGACAUAUAUACCGGAUGGAUCACCCUCUUGUCUUCCUUGGAUAGAGAAGUACAAUCUGAGUACAAUUUGAAAGUAAUUGCCACAGAUAAUGGACAUCCAAAACACGAUUCUAAAGUACCAGUAUCGAUCAAAAUUAUUGACUACAACGACAAUGCUCCACAAUUUAAGCUGCCAAUCGAACCAAUACAUAUUUUCGAAAAUGCUCUACCAGGAACUGUAUUAUUCAACUUUUUACUAAUCGAUCCGGAUGUUGAAAAGCAAACAAUAGACUAUUACAUUAUUUCUGGAGAUAGCCAAUCUCAAUUUCAAAUUGGAAAGACAGGCGAAUUAUUUAUAUCAAAACCACUGGACAGAGAGCAAAUAUCAUUUUAUAACUUAGGCAUCUUAGCGACUGAUGGAAAAUUCACUGCCGAAGCUAAUGUUAAAGUACAUAUUAAAGAUAUUAACGAUAAUAUGCCAUUCUGCUUAAAGCCCCGCUAUCAUAUUGCUAUGAACGAAAGCACUGCAAUCGGAACAACAAUUGUGGAAGUAAAAGCAAUGGAUUUCGACUCAAGUAAUGAUUUCAAAUUACGCUAUUAUUUGUCUGGAAAGGGAUCUGACGACUUUGUCAUUGGUAAAGAGACUGGCAUCUUGAAAGUAGCAAAACUAAUUGAUCGAGAGCAAACUCCAAAGUACAAGAUAUUAGCACAUGUUCAGGAUGGCAAGGAAUCAAUUCGAGAAUGUGUUUCCGAAAUAAUAAUAACAAUUAAUGAUAUAAAUGACAAUACACCCAUUUUCUCCGUGCCCAAAUAUAGAGUAAGCAUUCUCGAAGAUGCCCAAUUGCAAACUCUGGUUACAAAAGUACACGCCACGGACAAAGAUUUUGGAAUAAAUAGAAAAAUCAAAUAUUCAUUGCUGGGAACAAAUAGUGAUUAUUUUGUAAUAUCAAAAUCUACCGGAAUUAUUAAAUUAGAAAAGAACCUCGAUCGAGAGACAAUUUCAUUGUAUAAUUUGACAGUCAAGGCUGAAGAUUUUGGGAAACCAAUGCUAUCAUCUAUUGCGAAUAUUGUUAUUAACAUUUUGGAUAUAAACGACAAUCCUCCAGAAUUUAGCCUACGAAAAUACGCAAGUAAUGUAUUUGAAAAUGCCACAGAGGGCUUUGAAGUCUGCAAGGUCUAUGCAACAUCAAAGGAUAUUGGAGUUAAUGCGGAAAUCUUAUACUAUAUUGUUAGUGGCAAUGAACAACGUAAAUUUAGUAUGAAUUCAAAAACAGGUGUGUUAUGGGUCAAUGGAUCACUGGACUAUGAAAAAACCAAAUUCUAUUUCCUCACCGUUCAAGCUAUCGACGGUGGAAGCCCGCCACUUAGUAACAUUGCCUAUGUAAAUAUAUCUAUAAAUGAUGUGAACGAUAACACUCCAGCAUUUACACAAAACAUAUAUCGAGUUAACGUAAGAGAGGAUAUCUCAGUCGAUUUACCAAUUAUUGAUGUUAAGGCCACAGAUGAGGAUUCGAAUAUUAAUGGAAUUAUAAAAUAUAAGAUUGUUAAAGGUGAUAUCUUACAUCAAUUCCAUGUAAAUAAAAACAACGGAACAAUAAGCCUGGCGAGGCCCCUAGAUCGAGAGACUAUUGCGGAAUACACAUUGGAAAUUGAAGCUUGUGAUUUUGGAACUCCAGAGCGGUGCAAUAGUGUACAAGUCAUCAUAUUUAUUUUGGAUGCCAACGACAACCCUCCAAUCUUCUCGCAGACGAACUAUAGUAUAGUUUUACAAGAAAAUCGGCCACUUGGAUAUGUGUUUAUUACCUUUGAGGUAACUGACGCCGAUGAAUCCCCCAAUUCCACACCAUUCACGUAUGACAUUCGCUCUGGAAACGAAGGAAACCUAUUUCGCCUAGAGCAAGACGGUUCUCUCAGUACUGCAUCGAGAUUCAAUCAUAAACUACAAGAUCAGUACCCGAUUCAAAUACGUGUGUUUGAUAAUGGAACUCCACCACUUUACUCCGAUACUUGGGUGACAAUAAAAAUUAUUGAAGAAAGUCAAUAUCCUCCCACUAUAACACCUUUAGAAGUUACCGUAAAUUCUUUUGAAGACGAAUUUUCUGCUGCGUUUCUGGGAAAAGUAUUUGCAUCUGACCAAGAUCAAUAUGAUGAACUUAUGUUCUCUUUGACGCCUAGCAAUGACGAAACAUAUCAAACAUCAAAAUUAUUUAAAAUUACUGAAAAGUCUGGCGAAAUAUAUUCGAUAUCCAACCUUGACAUUGGUGUCUACAAACUGAAUGUCUCAGUCAGUGAUGGCAAAUACACCGUUUUUACGACUGUGAAAAUCAAUGUCGAACUGAUAACAAUGGACAUGGUCAAAGAGGCGGCCGUAAUCAGAUUUAGUAAAAUAGCCGCUUCUGAGUUUUUAUUGAGUCACAGAAAGGGCUUUAUUCGAUCGAUUAGAAAUGUGAUGAGAUGUCGCCAAAAAGACGUGAUAUUGAUUUCUUUGCAAGAGAAAAUGAAGAAACGACUGUCAAAGCGAGACGCGUAUUCAACUGAUUUAAGUUUAAAUGUUGCAUUUGCCGUACGCAAACAACAAAUAAUCCCAACAUCAGAUGCAUUCUUUAGCAGUGAUGAAAUACGUUUAUCUGUGAUCAGCAAGGAAAUUGAUAUUGAAAACGACACAAAUCUGAUCAUCGAGGAAGUCGUUCCAAGUUUUUGCCAAAAUAAAGAAAACAUAUGUGUUCAUGGAAUUUGCAAGCAAUUAAUUAGUCUGGAGAAAAAUAAUAUAACUACUAUUUACACUGAUGUGAUAAGUUUUGCUUCGCCCACGUAUAGUUUAGUUAAGAAAUGUGUUUGCAAAUCUGGAUUUGAUGGGAAGAACUGCAAUGAAUCGGUGAACGCAUGCUCUUCGGAUCCGUGUCCACCACAAAGGAAUUGUUUACCUUCAGAAUCGGCAGCUCGUUAUCAAUGUGUAUGCCCAAAGGGAUAUUCGGGCACAUUCUGCGAAAUUAAAUCAUUGAAAUGUGACAAUGGCACCUGUGAUACUAAUUUAUCAACAGCAGUUUCAUUUGGCGGCAAAAGUUAUGCACACUACAAAAUAAACAAGGCAAAGGCCAGAAAUACUUUGGAAAAUCAGUUCGCCUACUCUUUACAAAUACGAACAGUUCAACAGAGCGGCACUCUCUUGUAUGCGAGCGGCAAAGUUGACUAUAAUGUUUUGGAAAUCGUAAACGGAGCUGUGAAGUACAAAUUCGAUUUGGGAUCCGGCGAAGGCGUUGUGAGUGUCUCUAGCAUUUACAUCUCUGAUGGAGCAUGGCAUACAAUAACCUUGGAACGCACAUUGAAUAGUGCCAAACUAACAGUAGAUAAUAAACAUGUUUCACAAGGCAGCGCACCUGGAGUCAAUGGCAUUUUAAAUAUUCAGUCAAACGAUAUCUUUGUUGGAGCUGAGGUUCGACCGCAUCCAUCAAUUAUCGGCUACGAAGAUAUUCAACGAGGAUUCAUUGGCUGUAUGGCGAACAUUAAAAUUGCUAUGGAACCACUGCCAUUAUAUAUUUCCGGAGGAAGCACAAUUGCCGCUCUCAAAAGAUUUACAAAUGUUGAGUUCAAAUGUGACCCAGCCAAUGUUUUGGUCAGCUUGGGAGUCUGUGGUACUCAACCUUGUAUGAAUAGUGGCGUUUGUACGGAUCUUGGAAAUGACAUCUUUAAAUGUAACUGCCAUGCACGUUUCACUGGGGAAUUAUGUGAAAUUGAUUUAGAUCCAUGUUCAUCAGCGCCGUGUUUGUUUGGUGGCCGUUGUGAUAAUCAUGAACCAAACAACUAUACAUGUAUUUGUCCAAUACAUUUGUCUGGCAGAAGAUGUGAAUAUGGUAAAUUCUGCACUCCAAAUCCUUGCAAGAACGGAGGAAUAUGUGAAGAAGGCGAUGGGGUAUCGCAUUGCAUGUGCCGAGGAUUUACGGGUCCCAAUUGUGAGAUAGACGUAAAUGAAUGCGAUAAUCAACCCUGCGGAAAUGGUGCAACUUGCAUCAAUGAAGCCGGUAGCUUCAGGUGCAUAUGCCCAUCUUUCCUAACCGGAGCGAGCUGUGGAGAUCCUCUGUAUUCAAACUCUAUUUCUACGAAACUGAAGAACUUCUCAAUUGAGCAUAUCAGUGGUAUAAUAUCAGGAAUAACAAUUGUGCUGAUUAUGAUUAUAAUUUUACUUUGCUGCUUUGUCUUCAAACGAAAUCCAUCUCCGAACUCUCGAAAUCGAAUUGAAAAGAACAAAAAUAAACACUCUCUCAAACAAGCAACUCUCAACUCACUUCUCGAUAAGGAUAAUCUUUGCAAAUCGAAUGCUAAAAUAAGCAAUUUGGAAAUAAGCCAACGACCAAUAAGCUAUUCACCUCCAACUAACGAUAGCCUAUUUAUUAGUAAUACAAGCUUUGUAAAUAAUUUGGAUAUUCUACGAAGUUACGGUUCAGCUGGUGAUGAGUUGGAAAAUAUCCCAUUAGAAUAUCAAAAAGUAAAUCUCACUAACCAGCAUGUGAACAUCAACACAAGUAACUUUGUCGAUGGAGACAACGCACAUAAACAAGAGUGGUGUGAACAAAUGCAUUUAAAAACAUUCAGCGAGAAUAAGUUAAAUAAUGAAAGAAGAAUUGAUUACGCGUUACCACCAAAUCGAUUUUCAAGUGGGAAACUUAUUCAAGUUCCAAUGCCAAAUGUGUGUCAUUCGACAUCGAAUGCAAACUUUGUUGAUUCUGCCCUAAGUAAUGGGCAAUAUCACUGGGACUGUUCGGAUUGGGUUCGUAAAAGCCAUAAUCCCUUGCCAGAUAUAACAGAAGUUCCUGGUGCAGAGGUUGCAGACUCUUCGAGCUUCCAUAGUAAUGACAGUAACGAGUCGCAAUCGAAGCGAAAAUAUUUAGUUCACGUUGAAGAUGUCGAUCCCACAAGAGAUAUGGCUGCUUUAAAUGAAGAUAUGGUAUUCGAAUAUGUGGAAUCUGACGUUGAAAGCUGUGUUCAUCCUUUUAUGUUGCCGAGUUUAAAUAGUGAACCCCGUUCAAGACUUAGUUCUUUUAAUAAAAGCGAGAAUGAAGACUAUAAACUUAAUACAGUGCCUUUCCAAACAAAAUCAAAUCGAUUGCGCAAAGUAUAUUUACGACAUCCUGACUCAUAUUUACCGACGAUACAUACUCCAAGUGACACGGAGGCAGAAAGCUCUAAUAACGAAGCACCAAUGUUGAAAAAAGAGUUAUCAAAUAGAAGAACUAUUAGCGGACACUCCGAGGAAGUAUAUCUGUUUCCCAUUGCGACUGGUGACACAGGAUCAGAUAGCAAUAUCUCUGUUCGGCUUUGUGAAAUUGAAGAUUCUGAAUUAGAAGAAUUCUUGCCGGAGGGAGGGAAAUAUAGUAGUGAAUGACAUAUUAAUUACAUGAAAUCAUAGAUUUUAACUUUGGCCAUAACUCUGUUUCUUUUUCUACUGAUUUUAUAUAAAAUAAAGCUAUAUAAGUGUAAUUAUAUUUUUAAU